AUGGACGGAGGAGUCGUCGACCCGGUCGUUGCGUCUAAGCUCCCCCGCUUCAAGUGCUGCCUCCCCCCCCCCCGGCUAUGGACGCCUGACCGCGAGCACUGGGAUCCUGACUAUGCCAUUGACACGGGCGGCCACCCGCCUAUUGAGGGCUGCGACCGCAAGUACGUCGGCUGGGCAUACUUCAGCGCUGUCCAGGUCGUAAGCCUCUACAACGGUCUUCACGGCUCGGAGCUGGACGACGACCAGCACUAUCACCGGCCCGCUUGGCAAUCAUGGUGUUCUGUUUGGCAAGGUCCUCCUGGGUUGCGCUGUAUUCCUCGAGCAUUGAGUCGCACGAGCUCUGGACGACAAAAAAUGAACUUUGCACGGCUUGGGUAG